AUGAAUACCAUAGCCAGAACCACCACUCUCCGCCGUCUAAACCACCGUUACCCCGCUUACGAACACCUCAACCAAACCUCCACCCAGAGUCGUGGAUGGCGAGCCUUUUCUACCCGAAGAACCAUCACCACCGCUUUUGGCAGAGUAAAGUCUCAAAACAAUGAUACAACCAUGUCUCCGGUUUGUGACAAGCGAGAUCGUGUUAGGGCAAGAAGUCGACAUGUAUUUCUUCAAGGAUACAAGCUUUCAAUGUAUACAACUAAUGGGAAGUUGAGGUCGGAAAUUAAGCUUAAGAAAGCCAUGGUUAAGGUAAAAACAAUGGUGGUUUCGGUUCUUUCUUUCAUGCGUGCUGCUUCAUUGAAGAGAUGCAACUCUAAAUCCGCCAUUGCAGCUUCUUCUCCUCAUCCAAUUCAUCGGUGCUUUUGA